GCUCAGAAGGGUGGAGCUUGUUGAAAAGAAGACUAGUCUAUCAGUUGAUGUACACUACAAGCUGGAACUGCCUGGACUGUUCAUUCAGUGGGACUCUGUGACUGGGGAGCAGUCGGCUCUACUCCCCAGGGUAGCUGAGGUGUGCUGCACGUGGUACAAGGUCAACCCCUGUGGAAGGGUUCUCUUCGUUGCUGAUGGUGCCAAUAUUAAAACAGGCGUUACUUCCUCUGCCCAGGAAAAAGCUGAACUGAUCCAGUCUCUCACUAAACUUGUAAAAAUGUUAGAUUUUCCUAUCUACGCUAUACAUUUGGAAAACCCAUCCCUGGCCUCUAGUUUCCUCAGCCCACCCAACCCAGGCUUGAUAGCUUACCUACAGAGGAGACAUUGUGUGGAGCUAACAAACAAGGCUACCAUGUACCUUUGCACCACCCCAGUUCAUGAAACCAUGGCCGAAAAAGCAGGGGUACAACACUUAAAGACAUCAAAGGUCUUCCAAAAACCAACAAUGGUGAAAAAUAAUGUGAUGACAGUGAAAUGUCGCAGCCCUGAGCUCCUGCAUGACCUGGAGAUCAGAGAACCAGUAGAUGCUGUCCCAGGGGGAAGGGAUCCCUCUGACCCACACAUCCCUCUCUUGCAGGAGGUUAUCAGCGAGGAUCUCUGUGAUCACCAGGUGUCGGCAGAUCUGGGUAACGGGCGGAGAGAAUAUCUGUUUGUGAGAGAUCGAAGCAUUCUGACAGAAUAUGCAGAGCUUUAUAAGAAGAAUGCCACUCACAUUGGAGAAAGUGCGAGUAAAGUGGCCAAAUUGUGCCAGAUGUCACCAGUUGAUCCAGACAGAUCCCCUGCCUCCUCCCCUACUGCCACACUAAGACCGUGCAGUACCCGAAGUCCCAGAAAAAUACCAAGCUGGAUGUUCAGCCAAAAGGCAUUGAAAACCCAUGCUUCCUCAACAUCACAGAACAGUCCCAGUGACACCUACAGACACAGUAGACCCUCCAAGAAGACUAUGUAUGUGAUGACAGAGGCAGAACUCGUGGAUGUAGCGAGUAGGAUCCUAAAGGAGGCUGGGAAGCCCCUUCCCUCGGAGAGAUUGGAAGCCAGUCAUUUUGGGGUAGCUCCGCUCCCUGCGGAUGAUGUUAGACCGACUGUUAAGGAUCAACUUACCCAGUAUCCUGAUCAGCCCGUUAUUGAUUCUGUAGCUGAAGAAACUGCUGAUAGGAGAGAUGUGACUGGUUUGAAUACCCAGGUCAGCUCUCAACCAGUGGGAAAUGUUUUGGAUGAUCUCUUCUCGUGCGGAAAGAGUUCAACCACCCGAAAGAAAAGAAAAGUUAAACACAGUCUCAAGUUACAUAAUGAUUCCCCAGAGCAGGAUACCGGAGAUGUCAGUUUUGUGCCAGACACAGUUACCAUGGUACCAGAGACUAUUACAUCAUCAGCUCAGAGACGUUAUUCCAGAGACGGGACAUCUCCUGACUUGUCUGUGUUAGAUGAAAUCUUCUCCUGACAAUUAGCCAUUUAUCUGUUUGAAUAUCAAGUGGCAUACGAUACAAAUAAAAAUAGUAUUAUAACAGACUUCAUCGCCUGAUCUCAUAACAGGCUUUUUACAGAAAAAUAUUCCCGUGUUGUUGGUUCAUUAAUGGUGGAGGACAAGAAAGGUCAGGACUGAUGUUGGAUAUGCGUGUGUAAGAAGAUUGAUGUAGUCUGCUCUCGCAUAACUGUAUUGUCUAAAAUGGCAACAUCAAAGCUUGAGCAUGCUGUGGGUAAGACUUUGCCACAGUCCAUUAGUUACUUUCCAAAUUAUUUCCUUAUUACCAAAUGAUGCUAAAUGAUGAGUGACACAUCUAGUGAUAUUCUAACCAUCAGCAUUUUUAGGCCAAAUUAGACUUGUGCAAUACAGAUGUAUCUUGUAAUUUGAUACAUACCACAGUUAUUCAAGUUUCACAAUCAAUACAAGAUGCUGUAUUUUUGUGAGAGCAAGAACUCAUUUCUGUAUUUCUCUCUACACUGAAAUAGUUUUGUCUGAACACCAAAUGCAUAAUAAAAUAUCGACAAAAGACUUCCUUUCUCAAUUUUAACACAAUACAUGAGGGAUGAAGCAAAGCCAUGACUGCAGUUCUGAACUGAGCUCUAUUACUUAGAAAGGUCUAAAAAGUGGACAGUUCUGUGUAGCAGCUGCUUAAU